UGAGAGUCGGAGAGAGCGGCGGAGCAAAAACCCUAAACCCCAAAUUGAAGUAAAAUGAUCAAAUUUCACCUAAAACUGAAGCAGAGGCAAUUGGGUAUCUGGUGAAGCCUACCCAAAGGUGAGUACUUCCCUUCCCCUUGUCUUUCAAUCAUUUCCUCUCACUAUGUUUACUGCACACUGUAAAAGAUUGCAUCUCCUAGUCCCAACCUCAGUCACCCAUUUCCAUUCCUUCCCAAACCUAUCUCCUUUCACCAAAUCAUAUUCAUCACUUUUGAAAUCUGAUGAUGAUAAACCCAAAGAUCACUCCUUUACUGUUUCAUACCUCGUAGACUCACUUGGGUUCUCCCCAAAACUGGCUCUUAAAAUUUUCAAGACGCAUAAGCUACGGUUUAACUCCCCAGAAAAGCCAGACUCGGUUAUUAAGCUUCUCAAGAACCAUGGUUUCGAUGAUACCCAGAUACCCCAAAUGGUUAAGAUGUAUCCAUGCUUGCUUAUGUGCAAUGCUGAGAAGAUUCUUCAGCCCAAGCUUGAGUUUUUGGGUACUAUUGGCCUUUCACCCAACAACAUUGCUGAGGUGGUUAAUUACAACCAACGCUUAUUGGCUCAGAGCUUAGAGAAAUGCCUCAAACCGUUCUAUGAUCUCAUUAAAAGUGUGCCUAUCCCAGACGAGAAGGUGCCGGUUUUCUUUAAGAACUCAUGCCGGGCAUUAGGAGUCAAGUUACUUUGCAAUCUUGCUCCCAAUAUAAAUGUUCUUAGGGAAGUUGAAGUGCCGGAAUCGUCCAUCUCCUUUGUGGUGAUUUAUCAUCCUCUUGCAUUGUCCCCUGAUACUGACAACUUUAGGAAAAUUGUAGACAAGAUUAUUGAUAUUGGAAUUUCGCCUUCGAGUUUUGCUUUUAUCAAGGCCAUUCAAGCGGUCUCUCAGAUGAAUGCAUCAAAGUGGAAUAAGAAGAAGGAGUUCUUUCUUGAGAAGUGUGGCUGGACCGAAGAUGACUUUCUGAAGGCGUUUAGAAAGAAUCCCCUGUUUGUGAGCUUGAAGGAGAAGAAAUGUUUGAACAAAAUCGAGUUUCUUGUGAACGAAAUGGGUUGGCAACCUUCAGAUGUGGCAGCACAUCCAGAUAUUCUAACUCAUAGUUUGGAAAAGUCUGUCAUGCCUAGGUGUUCAGUUAUUAGAGUUCUUGAACACAAGGGUUUGAUAGAAAAGGGAAAAUUUUCUCCAGCAACCUUGCUGAUAAACAGUAGGAAGCAGUUCUUGGAUAGGUUUGUGAUCAAAUAUGAGAAGCAAGCACCUGAACUUUUGAGUAUCUUUCAAGGGCAGAUGUCUCUUUGGUGCAGGAUACGAGGCAAGAGGUGGAGUGAAAUUGUAGGAUGAAUCUCUGUGAAUCGUUAUUGAGAGUAUCAAAGUGACUACUUAGUACUUCAGAGCUCUGCCGCCCGCAGUUGCUACUUUGAGCAUUACGAUAGCAUUUCAUUUACUUUUUUCUGGUCUUUUAGGCAGUGAGCAUUUGCCCACGAAAUAUGUACUCUUCGGCUUGAAGUUGGAAACAUAUUCAUUUUUAAUGCAGUCAUUAUA